AUCAAGUUCAUUUUUAACCAAUUGACAAUUUCAUCAUGGUUAUGGCAAGAAUCCUUCUUUUAUCAUCAUAAGGCUAUGUUUCAAUGUGAAUCAUCAAGAACCGAUGAAAUAUAAUCUUUUUGUUCUGCAUAAUGGCAUAUUUGUCCUUUAUGUUACUUAAAACGCUCUUACUUGCCGCUCUUGGUGUGGUUGAAAUAACUGCCCAAUUAACCAACAGCACUUUGUUGAGCAUCUUGAAUACAACACAACUCAGUCCUUCCUACAAAUUUAUUCAACUUUUACAAAGUUCACCUGAAUUGAAACCUGUAUUGGAUGUACUCUCUAAACCUGGUAAUGUCACCCUUUUUGUACCAUCUGAUGCUGUAUUUGAUCGUUUAAUUCAACAAUAUAAUCAAACCCAACAACAACAAAAUGGUGGAUCCUCCUCUGGUGGAAAUGGAACUUCCUCUUCUGGUGGUACUGGCGCAUUAACUGAAGGAACUACUGCUACUGAUGCUAUUGAAACAGACACUUCAUUGUCUAUGGCUGCUGCUGAUGCUAGUGGAAACAAUAGUACAGCUUCUCAAGGUAGUGGUAAUCAAGGUCAAAGUGUUUUCCCUCAAGGUUUCCGUAUUUACCAAAAUUUCACUUUAUUGGAUGUCAUUAAUUAUCAUAUCGUAAAUGAAACUGUGCUCUUACAAAAUGAAACGAAUCAAACUGUGAUACUAAACUCCUUGUUAACCAAUCAAACCGCGGACAAGUUUGGUUACGGUAUGCCUCUUAUUCUUAACAGCAACACCACACAACAAAACUCAUCAUCAUCAUCAUCGACUUCUGGCGGUGGUGGCUCAAGUGGAUCCAGUUCUGCUGCUACAUCAACUGGGACUUCUUCCACAUCUGCGUCAGUUUCUGUCACAUCACCCGCGGCUGGAUGGAUUUCAAGAAUCAAACAAUUGGUGGAUAAUCAAGCAUCAAGUUCUUCAUCAGGUAGCAACUCUUCUCAGACCCCUGUUUAUUGGAUUGGAAAUGGAUUGGCAACCGCGAAUGUCACAUUACAUGAUAUUCAAGCAUCUAACGGUGUUUUACAUGUAAUUGAUGAUGUUUUGAUCCCACCAGGCAAUGCUACUAACGUAUUUUCAAACAUCUCUGAUGCAUCAGCUCUUUCUGAAAUGAUUCAAGAAAAUCCUCAAGUUAGUCAAGCUCUCAGCAAUGCUACAAAUGUGACCAUUUUUGCUCCAAAUGAUAAGGGUUUAUGUAUGGUAUGUAUUGAUCAAUUAGGUCAGGACAAAUGGCGAGGAUUGGUAAUGAACCACGUAGUCCCUGGUGUCUACUAUACAACAAAUUUGACGAAUGCCUCUAGUGGUGGCUCUUCAUCCUUCAGUUUGACUACAGAGGCUGGUGAACGUAUCCCUAUAUCAAGCAAUAGUUCUGGAAUUACAUGUAGGUGACAUUGAUAUCAUAACAAAAGAAAAAGUAUGACUGAUCAUUGAUUUUUUUUCUCUCUUUAUAUAUAUAGUGAACCAUACAAUCAAGGUUGUCACACCCAAUAUCUUGUUUAACGGUG